AAAGUUGUGUAUGCAUUGCUUUUUUUAAAGACCCAUUUCCUUUCCGUUUUAACCAUAUCCCCGUGUCUGUAGACAGCAGAGCAGCUUUCUGUUUGGUGCCUUCUCUGUACAAAGACAUGCUUGAUAUGCAUCUUCAGUUUUAAGAUGUUUCACUUAGAAGAUAACAGUGAAGAUGAGGAGAAGGUUCAGGAAAACUUACUAAGUCAAACUGCAGGUGUUUACCGUGGCAAGGCCCCUCCUGGUAUUCUGUCUCAAACCAUGAAUUAUGUGGGCCAGCUGGCUGGGCAGGUGCUCGUUACUGUGAAGGAACUCUAUAAGGGCAUUAACCAAGCCACCCUGUCUGGGUGCAUCGACAUUGUUGUUGUGCGGCAGCAGGAUGGCACCUACCAGUGCUCCCCUUUUCACGUGCGGUUUGGGAAGCUGGGAGUCCUGAGGUCCAAGGAGAAGGUGAUUGAUAUAGAAAUCAAUGGCAAUGCAGUGGAUCUUCACAUGAAAUUGGGUGACAAUGGAGAAGCUUUCUUUGUGGAGGAGACUGAAGAAGAAUAUGAAAAGCUUCCUGCUUAUCUUGCCACCUCACCAAUUCCUACUGAAGACCAGUUUUUUAAAGAUACUGACACACCUUUGGCGAAAUCAGCUGGAUGUGAAAGGCCAUCUCAGAGUUCAGACAUCACACAUAUAUUGGAAACGGAGACAGCUUUCACUCCAAGUUCUGUGAAAAAGAAAAAGCGAAGGAGAAAGAAGUGCAAACAGGAUGGUAAGAAGGAAGAGCAGACUGCCUCUCCUGCUGCAGAAGAUGCAUGUGAUGUGGGUGUGAGUUCUGAUGACGAGAAGGGAGCCCAGGCAGCAAGAGGAUCUUCAAAUGCUUCCUUAAAGGAAGAAGAAUAUAAGGAACCUUCCCUCUUCCAUUCCGGGCACAACUACCCCUUAUCUGAUGGAGAUUGGUCUCCAUUAGAAACCACUUAUCCCCAGGCAGUGUGUCCUAAGAGCGAUUCAGAGCUGGAGGUGAAACCAGCGGAGAGCCUGCUGAGGUCUGAGUCUCACAUGGAGUGGACAUGGGGCGGGUUCCCAGAGUCUACCAAGGUCAACAAGAGAGAAAGAUAUGACUAUCAUCCUAGGACAGCUACAAUUACACCAUCAGAAAAUACCCAUUUUCGGGUAAUUCCCAGUGAAGACAGCCUCAUAAGAGAAGUUGAGAAGGAUGCUGCCAUUGAAGACACUGUCUGUACCAUAGUGAAACCCAAGCCCAGAGCUCUAUGUAAGCAGCCGAGUGAUAGAACUACCGCAGAACUUUCCGAGACACCUCUUGAGGCUCUUCAGAUUUCAUGUAUGUUAGAUGCAGACCAUGUUCCCAGCUCAUCCUCAAUGGAGGCUCCCUCAGAACCCAAACCAACUGCUAAAGUGGACUCGCCAACAAAGAAGAAAGGUGUCCAUAAGAGAAGUCAGCACCAGGGACCUGAUGAUAUUUAUCUCGAUGACUUAAAGGCUCUAGAACCUGAGGUGGCAGCUCUCUAUUUCCCUAAAAGUGAAACAGAUCCCGGUUCCAGGCAGUGGCCUGAGUCUGACACGUUUUCUGGCUCCCAGUCCCCACAGUCUGUGGGAAGUGCAGCAGCAGAUAGUGGCACCGAGUGCCUCUCAGACUCUGCCAUGGACUUACCAGAUGUCACUCUCUCCCUUUGUGGAGGCCUCAGUGAGAAUGGAGAGAUUUCUAAAGAAAAAUUCAUGGAGCAUAUCAUUACUUAUCAUGAAUUUGCAGAGAACCCUGGACUUAUAGACAAUCCUAACCUGGUAAUAAGGAUAUAUAACCGUUACUAUAACUGGGCUUUGGCUGCUCCCAUGAUCCUUAGCUUACAAGUGUUCCAGAAGAGUUUGCCUAAAGCCACAGUCGAGUCCUGGGUUAAAGACAAGAUGCCAAAAAAAUCUGGUCGCUGGUGGUUUUGGCGUAAGAGGGAAAGCAUGACCAAACAGCUGCCAGAGACCAAGGAGGGAAAAUCUGAGGUUCUGCCAACCAAUGACAUGCCUUUGAGCACUGAGGAGCCGACCAGUGCCAGGCCGGCUGAAGAUGACACUUCUAGUGAUGAUGGGUCACAGGAGUUGGAAGAAUCAAUCAAAGCAGACACCAUCUCCAUGGAGACACUGAGUCACUGCAGCACAACUUCAUAUAAGAAGUCUCUCCGACUCUCCUCAGACCAGAUUGCAAAACUGAAACUUCACGAUGGUCCCAAUGAUGUUGUGUUUAGUAUUACAACCCAGUAUCAGGGCACCUGCCGCUGUGCAGGCACGAUUUACCUGUGGAACUGGAAUGACAAGAUCAUCAUUUCUGAUAUUGAUGGAACAAUAACCAAGUCUGAUGCUUUGGGGCAAAUUCUCCCACAGCUGGGUAAAGACUGGACUCAUCAGGGUAUAGCAAAGCUCUACCAUUCCAUCAAUGAGAAUGGUUACAAGUUUCUGUAUUGUUCUGCCCGUGCCAUCGGCAUGGCUGACAUGACCAGAGGUUACCUACACUGGGUCAAUGACAAGGGCACAAUCUUGCCCCGGGGCCCCCUGAUGCUGUCCCCCAGCAGUUUGUUCUCCGCCUUCCACAGGGAAGUGAUAGAAAAGAAACCAGAGAAGUUCAAAAUUGAGUGUCUGAAUGAUAUUAAGAACCUGUUUGCCCCAUCUAAGCAGCCCUUUUAUGCGGCCUUUGGAAACCGUCCCAACUUUCCAGAUGCCUCUCUGUCCCAGAAGGACGGCAGAAGACAUUCCUUGUUUCUGCAGCUUGAACUUCACUUCCUCAGGCAGGAUGUCUUUGCUUACACUCAAGUUGGAGUUCCAGACUGUAGAAUAUUCACCGUGAACCCCAAGGGUGAAUUAAUACAAGAAAGGACCAAAGGAAACAAGUCAUCGUAUCACAGGCUGAGUGAGCUUGUGGAGCAUGUGUUUCCACUUCUCAACAAGGAACAGAAUUCUGCCUUUCCGUGCCCAGAGUUCAGUUCCUUCUGCUACUGGCGAGACCCGAUUCCAGAUGCGGACCUGGACGACCUGGCCUGAAGCAGGACCUAUGGCAAAGUGGGGGCCACUGUCACUCGCUCCCAAGGGGGAGGUCCCUGGCUCUUACAGAUGAGGACCCAGGGCUGGCAGCCAGAAACCUGCUUUUCAGAACAGGGAUGGGCUCCCUGAAGCUGGCACUGCCGCCCUCCUUCGCCUUCCCAGGCUGCUGCUCAGCAUCUGGAUGGAGGAAUGAAGGACUCCUCCUGCUCCAUCACAUGUGGGCCCCCACAUGCCUCCUGUGGCGUUGUGUGCUGUGCACCGCUCAGCUGCCUAACUUGAAGAAAACAAACUGAGAAAGAAUGGACAGAACAUUACUGUACACAGUAAAGUGUUACAGUUUGCACUGGGCACUCGGGAUUGUUUGUCUCUAUAACCAGGGCUUUCUCCAGAGGCUCAGGGUUCACUCAACUGGCACAGGUUCAAUUAGUGUUGCUGGCUAAACCCACGUGUGGACAUCCUCUUUGGGACAACUCUACCUUGGGACACCACCCAACUAGGGCAGCUGCUUGAUGUGCCAAAUUGGGCAGCCUUGAGGACCCAUGUACCAGUACCACUGAGCCCAGCUGCACUAGUGUGGGCUUCUCGGGAGUGUCCUUGAAUCCUCAUUCUCUCACCUGUGACCUGCACAGUGAGGAGCCAGGAGAACAGUUGUUUAAGGGAUAUCUGGUACAUUUGAUGUAGAUCUGUAUUUGAUGUCUGGUAUAAUAGCGCAAAAUUGGUGACAGCUUCAUCUCAGAAAGGCAUAAGGCAGUUGCAGUGGGUCUUUGGGAGUAGCCCUUUGCUCUUUUGCUCUGCCUGUUGCCUGUUUAGGUGGCCCCUUCAGGUAGGUAUCAUGUGUCAGGACAAGGUUUCUGAAAUUAUGGGCUUCAGAUUUUCCAGGGGAAAAGCCAUUGGACAGCAGUGUUGACAGUCCUUUCAAUUACAACCACAUAGUGAAGUCAUGGAGGCCAUGGGAGGAGUUGUGGAACUCUUGUUCAUGCCAGCAUUCAGCAGUGUCCCCAGCCUGUCCCUCUGACUCCUAUGGCUCAGACACACCUGCAGCUGGGGGUGCAGAAGUUGCCCUGUGAGACCACAUGGGGACAUGGGCACCCCUGCAUUUCCUUGAAAGCAUCAUUUACUGGGCUGAUUGGUAAGAGCUCAUGUCAGAUGUCAGAACAGGUGGCACCAAGAAGUGUUGUGUGCUGGAAUCCUCCAGAAUUUGUGAUUGGCUGGGCGUUGACUGUCAUUGCAGUACUGACAUCAAGAGAAUUGUUAGAGGUGUCGGGAGACCUUAAGUGGUUCUCGUUCAUAGUCCUCCAUUGGGGAGAAUCAGGAAGAAGGAGCUUCUGAGCAGAGAGGGCGCUUCCGUUAGGGAUGGUACUGUUCCUCCAAUGUACGUUACUCUGUAGUUGGAUGGGUGAUCAUUUCAUGUUUUAGUUUGCUUCACCCGAAAUAAUACUGAUCUAGAGUUGGCUUAGAAAAGGGGUGGUUAUUUUCCAGAUUGGAGAGUUGAGUGUCCCUGCCUGAUAGCAGCCAUUUUCCUAGUACAGUUAAAUGCAGAGACUGAAAAACCCUUUGAAAACAAUUCUCAGUGGCAACACCUGGAGGCAUGUGCCCCCAGAAAAGGUGUGGCACAGGCUUUCACAGUGCCGCCUCCCUUUAGUUCAAAGUUUGCAUUAAGUAGUUAGGGAAUUCAUAUGUUUAUGUAAAGUUCUGCCCAGUUAGUGAAUUAAGAUUCUGCUAAAGCAGCCACCCCGCUGCCUUGUUCGUAGACCUUCCACGCCGCCUCUGAUAUAGCUCACCUCUGAUUUAAGGGAAUAGUGAGAGCUUUGUGCGCUUCACCUGAGCUUAGUAGGAUCUCUGUGGUACAGAAAACCUUACCAUACUUCCUCUCCCGUCCUUCUCAGUUUGUCCUUUAGGGAGUUUCUGCUAGGUCGUUUGUUUCCUUCUCUUGACAGACUCUUUGGAAACCCGGGCCUUCUCAAAAGGUCCAGCUUAGGAUCUGGCUCUCCAGGCUGUGCCGAGGGGGGUUGGUCCUUCUGUCCCAGUGUCUAUCAGUGCUACACUUUGUCGCUGCAAAUUGAUCAGUGGGUAUUUAGGAUAAUGAAUAUAAGUCUUUCCUUAUUUAAAGGAGCCUGUCUUACUGAAAGAUGAUUACGAUUGCUGUAGUGUUAUGGAAGUAUUAAGUUUGUGCUGAAAAUCCAUUGCCAUUUGUUACAAAUGACAUUUGUUCUUUCUGUGAAAGAGAGAUGCCCUCAAGUGUGUUUGCACACAAUCCUUAGCUGGCUUAUUGAAGCAUCACCCUUGUAGUCUUCAGUGGUGGGUGCUGUCACACAGGGACAGUGCUGGAGUCACUCUGUCAGUUGUUAUGUUGGUGAAAUGGCCCCUUUCAGUCCUUCCGGUUCCAUCUAACCUUAGUGUUUGCUUUGCUGUUGUGUGUUGAAGUCACACUGCUGUGGGAGUGAUGGCUGCUCUUGUUAGGCUGUGUAAGGUGCACGUGUCAGCAGGGAGCCUGCACCUUAGUCUCAUGAUCAGUGCUGCAUUUCCCUGUGGUCUGACACAUCUGCCAAGUUUUCCGUUGGAAAAAGAAAGUACUGAUGUGAUGUCCCCACACAAAAGCUGCUAAAACUCGUAGCAAGAACAGGCAAAGAAGAGAGCGCAGUGGCUGCAAAGUCUUCUGCCCAGAGCAGCCCUGUGCCCCUGGGCCUGCACAGCCUCUCUGCUGCUCUGGAAGGCACAGCAAGACCUUUGAGAGAAGGAACGGUUGGAAGAUGUAAGCACUUUCUUUCUCUUUUUGCAAAUUGAUGAAAAUCGAUUCUUCUAAGGAGUUUUACCUCUUCAAGUUUUAUCAUACUCUGGGAAGCCUUGUUCCUGGGUUUUAGAGCAUGCAUGGUUGUAUUUAUAACUGGUCAAAGUGAGUGCUCUUUCCCAGUGAAGACUAAUUUUUUUUUUUUUUUGGUUUGAUUUGAAGGCAGAGGAAACUGCUCUUUUAAUAAUUACAUUCAGCUGAUGAAGUCUUUGAUUAUUAGACAACAGUGUCACUAAGAAGUUUUCAGUUGUCAGUAAUUGUAAACAUCAGUACAGUGCCCUCCAUUAUGGUAAAGCUGUUGUCUUCAGAUGAAUGGCUCAUAUUUUGGUGCAGUGUUUGAUGUUCAGAACAAAAUAUUAUAAUAAUAAACUAACAAACUUGACUGCA